AUGUGGUUGCUGCCCUCGGCUCCCACCAGUGCUAUUCCCACCAGCGCGCGGCGACCCUGCAAGCUGAACUGGGCCACUGUGGCCAGAGCCUACGGCCGCUUCAAGCUGCCCGUUGCAGAGGCGCGCCAGCUGCGGCUGCUGAGCACUCUCGACCCCCUGGCCGUGGGCAAGACCUCUCCGCUGCCCGAGGAGUGCCUGAAGCCUGAGAAGUUGAUCUGGGGCGACCAGGAGCCCCUCUCCAAGAUCCCAUUUAAAAUUCUGAAAGGUCAUGAGCAGAUGGUGAGUUCCUGUCAUUUCUGUGUGGAUGACACAAAGAUCCUCAGUGGCUCUUACGACUGCACAGUGAAGCUGUGGGAUGCUGUUGAUGGAGUUGUGAUUCGGAAUUUUGAGCCUGGGCCCAGAGCUCCUGUUUUAGAGUGCAGCAUCACGGCUGACAGCAAAAGACUUAUUGCAGCAUCCUACGACAAAACAAUCAGGGCUUGGGACCUUGAGACAGGAAAGCUGCUGUGGAAGAUCAAGCAUGAUAACUUCGUAGUCUCCUGUAAGUUUUCUCCUGAUGGUAAAUACAUGGUCUCUGCCUUGGAUGUGGAUCGUGGAAUCUGUAUAACGGAUGUGGCAAGCGCCACCACUGUGUCACAAGUCAAAGAUCAUCACAAAAGGUCGGUAACAGCAUGCUGCUUUGACCACAACAGCCAGAAGGUGGCUUCCGUCUCAUCGGACAGGACCAUCAAGAUCUGGGAUGUUAUGUCCCAGGCCACACUGCUUACCAUCACAAAGGCACACACCAAUUUAAUCUCAAACUGCUGUUUUACCUUCAGCGGCCAUUUUCUGUGUACAAGCUCUUGGGAUAAAACCUUAAAAAUAUGGAACAUCCAUACAGGAGAGUUUCGAAGUCAUGGAGCCUGUGUGACUUUGAUGCAGGGUCAUGAAGGCUCUGUGAGUUCUUGUCAUUUUGCCAGAGAUGCCUCUUUCCUUGUGUCUGGUGCUUUUGACAAGACAGUGGCUAUUUGGGAUGUAGGAGAAGGCUGCCGGAAGUUCUCCUUGAAGGGCCAUAGUGAUUGGGUGAUGGAUAUUGCCAUUAGCAACAACAAGAAAUGGAUCCUGUCAGCUUCAAAGGAUAAGACCAUGAGACUAUGGAAUAUUGAAGAAAUUGACCAAAUUCCUUUGGUAAUCGAGUACAAAAAGGCCAAGGGCUUAAAUGUGAUACAGUGUGAAGGAUGUGACAGGCCUUUCUCCAUCUACAAAAGCGACACCUCUGCUGAAGCAUUCACCAAAUGUGUGUUCUGCCGGAUGGAUGAAAGACACUUGUCAACAGACGCCACAUCACCAUCAGAAAGAGAGGAUUCCUUGGCAAACAAAGACAGUGCAUACAAGGAUGACUGA